AUGUCAUCGUCGCACGCGCUUACAAACGCCGUCAUCAAGCAUCCCCAUCACAGCGACCACCGCCAUCACCGCGACCACCGCCCUCGUCACCGCCUAAGAUCCGCACUAGACGACGCCGACGAGGCUUGCAUUAUUGUUGCCUUAAACAAGUGGUGGGAGGAAUUCUUCUCGCGCCUUCUCGAAUGCGAGUCUGACGGCGAAAACUUUACCCUCCUCCUCCCUCCCGGAUCUCCUUCCGAUCGAGGCCAUACUCCUGACCAAUUCUACAUCGACCAGCUUGUCGCGUGGCACCGUGAACAUGAACCACCACCACCACCGAACGCUCCCACCGAACACUGCUUGUGGCAUUUCAUUCAGACUGACAAUGAUGCCUAUGUCGCACGCCGAAUCGCCUCGAGCCCGCUCUACCUCGCCGCCCGCGCCGCUAUUGCGCUAAUCCUCGACAACCAUAUCAACAUCUGGCGUCUUCGCUGGUCCACGGGCUCAAAAAGUUGGCACUUCGCUCUCGAUGUCCACACUACAUUACCAAAUCUCGAGCGGCACUUAGAUAAGUGGUAUGAGAAGGCCUGUCGCCAGGACGUAGAGGAAGAGGUAGCUAGGAUUGAAGCACGGUAUGCAGAGCAGUGGAAGGGAAGAGAUGCGGCGCUUAGCAACAAGAUUGAGUCUACUGUUCUGCGAUGGCGAUUGGAGGCUGAGAGGCUGGAUGUCGCUGUGCACAGGCAGGUGCAGGACCGCGACCUCGUGCCUGCGGUGCAUGCGACCGGAGAAGAAAUCACUGAGGUCGCGACGGGGGAAGUGACUACCACCAUGCCUUGUUCUUCUCCUACACAGAAGUCUUCUGCAGGUCUAGAGGUCGAGGCAUCUGCGCGUCCCCGUCAACCACGACCCUGGCAUGAGUCGCUGGUAGAGCUGUUUGAGCUCUGGACCUGGCGUCUGGCGAGAAGGUAAACAAUAGGGAGGGCCGUACUCGCUAAACUUGCUAGAUUGUAGAAGUUGUAUAUUCUAGUCUGCUCUACUAGGCUAGCCAACUAUAUUGUAUAGAGUAUCUCUAACU